GGUGAGGCCCCGCGCGAUGCCCAGCCCUGGCCCGGUGCACCUGAGCUUGGACUGCAUCGACGAGGACGCCGCGCCCUUGUCCGCCUGCAGCCCCGGCACCUGGGGCUGCUUCUUCGGCGGCCCCGCGGAGGAGUGGAGCCGCUGCACCGCCUGCUCCCGCCCCGCGCACGCGGCGGACGAGGACCUUGCGCCGUCGGCUCGCACGGGCUCCCAGACGUCCGAGGUGCUCGAGCCCGGCCCCCACCAGGUCGGGGAGGCGUGGUGGCUGCCCCGGGAGGGCGCCAGGCCCGACGGUGACCCCACCGCCGGCCUGCGGGCCCGCCUGGCGGCGCUGGGUGAGGCCCAAGGGCAUGCCGGCCCCCCUUCCAAGAAGGCGGCCGAGCUGCCCGCGGGCACCCCGCAGCCCCGGUGGCCCCCACCUCCCGGCGGGCUCGCGGCGGCCGCGCACUGGACCCACGCCGCCACGCCGCUCGCGCCGUGCUCGCCCUGGCGGCGCGGCGCCCUGCGGCUGCAGCGGCUCGUGAACCUGUGGCCCACGCAGCUCUGCUUCGCCGCCGUGCUGGUCCUGAACCGCCUGAGCUACCCGAUCCCGGCGGGGGACCGGGUGGACCAGACCCCCCACGGGGACGAGAUGCCGAGCGACGACGUGUACUCCUUGGCGACCACCCUCGCCCUGCUCUUCGUGAUCACCGUGUGCGAGCUGCUAGUCCGGGUCGCGGCCCAAGGUG